GGCUGCCCGCAUUUUCCUCCUCCCUCUAGAACGGGGUGGACACCUGCUUUGGCCUCUUCUCCACACCCGCAACCGGACGGGGCUCCAUUGAUCCAUUUUAGACGAGAGAGCUCCUCCGUUCCUGCUGCUGCUAUGGCGCCAGCCUACGACGACGAGGAGCUGUCCAUCUCCUUGUCUCCAUCGCAGAUCCGGCGGAAUCGGCGGCCAGGCGAGGGGCAGCGCCAGUCGACGACGACAACGACGGCAACGACGGCAACAACAGGAGCGACAGAGACAGCGACAACAAGAAGCCCAGCAGCCAUGUCCGAUCCUCCACCAUCCAAUGUCCCGCUCCGCGAGAAGAUGCGCACCGAGCAGCGCAUCGGCGCCUACAACAUCGUCAAGACGCUCGGCGAGGGCAGCUUCGGCAAGGUCAAGCUGGCUGUGCACCGCGGCACCGGCCAGCAGGUCGCCCUCAAGAUCAUCUCGCGCAAGAACCUCAUCAGCCGCGACAUGCAGGGCCGCGUCGAGCGCGAGAUCGAAUAUCUCCAGCUGUUGCGGCAUCCACACAUCAUCAAGCUGUACACCGUCAUCAAGACCCCGACCGAGAUCAUCAUGGUGCUCGAGUAUGCCGGCGGCGAGCUCUUCGACUACAUUGUCCAGCACGGCAAGAUGCACGAGGACGAGGCCCGCCGCUUCUUCCAGCAGAUGCUGUGCGCUGUCGAGUACUGCCACCGCCACAAGAUCGUCCACCGCGACCUCAAGCCCGAGAACCUGCUGCUCGACGACAACCUGAACGUCAAGAUCGCCGACUUCGGCCUGAGCAACAUCAUGACCGACGGCAACUUCCUCAAGACGAGCUGCGGCUCGCCCAACUACGCCGCCCCCGAGGUCAUCGGCGGCAAGCUGUACGCCGGUCCCGAGGUCGACGUGUGGAGCUGCGGCGUCAUCCUCUACGUCCUGCUCGUCGGCCGCCUCCCUUUCGACCACGAGCACAUCCCGACCCUGUUCGCCAAGAUCGCCAAGGGGAGCUACAUGGUGCCCACCUGGAUGAGCCCCGGCGCCGCGAACCUGAUCAAGAAGAUGCUCGUCGUGAAUCCCGUCCAGCGCGCCACCAUCGAGGAGAUCCGCCUAGACCCCUGGUUCCUCAAGGACCUGCCGCCCUACCUCCACCCGCCCGUCGAGGAGUUCCUCAACACGGGCGUCGACCCGAACAAGGCCAUCAAGGUGAGCGACAUCGCUCCGCACGCGCCGCCCCAGGAACAGGAGAAGCUGCACAACGAGGUCACCGACAAGAUCAGCAAGACGAUGGGCUACGGGAAGCGAGACGUGGAGGAGGCCCUCGAGGCCGACGAGCCGUCCGCCAUCAAGGACGCCUACAUGAUCGUGCGUGAGAACAAGCUCAUGCAGAGCAGCCAGUUGGCCGGGCUCGGCGCCGAGGAUGGCACCUUGUCGUCAGCCCGAUCCGUCGCCUCCGCCAGCACCGGGGCGUCUGCGCGGCCGCCUUAUGUGAGCAAGGUCGGCAUUCUCCCGAGUAGCUUGCCCGUCUACCACCAAGCGUACAUGGAGCGCGAGAAGGCGAGGGCCGAGGGCCGCGAGGUCCCCGACGCGCCGCUGACCGUGCCCGAACCCGCGCCCCAGCCGAGGAGCCAGGCCGAGCAAGCCGAGACGCUCCGGCGGUUGAAACCGCACUCUCGCAGCUUCCUCCGCCUGGACGACGCGAGCCGGCCCCAAGGACUUACCCCUGUCAACCCGCCAAAGAAGACCAAGCCGGUCCGGUGGCAGUUCGGUAUCCGCUCUAGGAACGCACCAUGGGAGGCCCUGCUCUGCAUUUACAAGGCGCUCCAUAAGCUCGGCGCCACGUGGAUCGUGGACGAAGACUACGAUCCGGCGCAGCAUGGCGACGACGCCGGGGACGACCGCUACAGCCGCGGCCGGCAUUCGCGCAGCCACAGUACAGCAUCGGGCGCGGGCCCGACCGAAGCGUACAGGCUCCCGGCGGAUCCCUGGCACAUGAAGAUCCGAUGGAACACGAACAAACUGCAAAAACACUCAGCCGCCUCAGGCCUCUGCGACGCCGGCGCGAGCGCCACCCACGUCUCCUCCUGCCGCGACGGCACCGCCGGCGACGAGCAGGUCGUCGCCAUGCACAUGGAGAUCCAGAUCUACGAGAUGGAGCGCGGCGUUUACCUCGUCGACUUCAAGGUCGACGGCUACGAGACCCCCGACGGCAAGCUGCUCGAGGACAAGGAGGUCGCCAGCCCGUUUCCCUUCCUCGACAUGGCUGCGCGGCUGAUCAUGCAGCUGGCCGACGCCGAUUAGCGCUCUCUCUCUCUCUUUCACCCCCUCUCUCCUUUCUUUCUCUUCCCUCCUUCUUCUCCAUCAUGGUGGUAUGUCGGUGUAUGCGGGGCGUUUAGGGUGGGUGGGGUCAGGCGGGGUUUGUUGUUGUUAUUCCUCCUGUAUUGUUGUUGCUUUGAUCUUGGGUGGAUUAUCAACAGUAUUCUAAUUUUGUCACUUAUCGGACCGGGCUUCAAAACUUGGGGGGGUGGAAGGAGGGCUUGUUUGUUCUGCAGGCAUGAACAUGAACAAGAAUGAGUAAGACGGCAUAGAAAUGGAGGAAUGGACUGGGUAGUUACUUAACUUAUGGAU